CUUUCCGGGCGGGGAAGCUGCAUUUAACCUUUUUGUGCUUCUUUACGCAGCAGGAUAUCUGAGGUUGAAAACCCCGUGUUGUAUCCCUCGUCUACUCACCCUCGCUCUCAUGUCGCACACAACCUUCUGGCCAAAGAAAGUCUUCUACUAUCCUAUCGGAAAUACUCCUCCCGUCUGUCUCACAGACCAUUUACCUCCAGAAGUGGAUGCUAAAAUCCUUCUCCUUGGGUGUGGUGACCCCAGAAAUAUUUUAUACACUGUGAACGUGGACCAUGGUAUUCUCCUUAAUGAACAGCAACUCGUUCGAUGGACGUCACCUGUUGCGACUGGGAGCCCGCCAUCAUAGCACGCAACGUCCUGCUUUUCACGUUCAUCGCUGAUGACGUCGCGGCAAACCGGCUUACCCAGUACUGGACCAUCUUCUACGAUCUCUUCUUCGAUAAGCAAACUGCAUCGUUACUGAACGAUCAAUGCCUAAAAUUGAUCAACUGUGCAACGGACAUGGUCGCCUGGAACUCUUCUUCAUAUAGCCGCUUUCUGAGGUUCACGACCCAAGAAUCAUUGAAUGAAGUUCGCCGACAUUGGGUUUCGUAUGCCGAGACGCUUGGCUUAUCUGAUUCAGAGCAGAAUCAACUCAAGCAAAUGU